AUGUCUGAGGAGAACGCUCAAACUGUGGAGCAAAAGGAAAGCCAAGAACCGGAGAUAGAAGAAGGAGAAAUUAUGGAAGGAAAUACCAUGGAAAAACCCCAAUCACCUGAAGUAGGUUCUUUAGAUGAUCCACUAGAGGACGACAAACAGCAGCAGCGAGAGGACCCAGAGCACCAAGAGCACCCAGAGGACCCAGAGCACCCAGAGCACCCAGAGCACCCAGAGGACCCUACCACGUGCGCGGCCACGUGCUGUCCAUUGAAACAAUUCUCAGAAGUGGUAGAAGAAGCCGAAACUCAAGCCAAUCUUCCUGAAGUGACUGAGCAGACUGAAGAGUCACAAUCUAGUGGUGAUGAUGUUGGAACUUCCACAGCAACAGUGAAGGUCGUUCUAGUGCCAGAGGGCCAUGUGAUGACCGUAGCCUUUGCCAUUGGACUCAGUAUUGGAGAACUAAAGCAGCAUCUUGCGUCAGAGCUGAGAGUGCCUCCAGAAGUUCUGCAUAUCUUUCUUGAUGGGCAGGUUGUGGAAGACCAGCAAGCCCUUAUGGAUCUUGGUGUCCGACCACACGGCUCCACUCGGAUGGAGAUGAGUUCAGCUGACCCCCACAUAUACCCUCUGCGCCCGGUCCGCCCUCCAGAGCAUGACAAUAUGCCUGAUGUCAUCACUGUGAGAGUACAGAGAGGAGACGAGAGCCCUACGUCCUCUUUAAAUGACUUCCAGGAAGUGGUGGUUGAGAUCCAGCGUCCCCCGCAGAGGAAACCUUUCUUGGGUGGAUACAAGCACCGUCUGACAGGAACUGUGUACCACCAUGCCGGCACUCAGACUCAUCCCCAGAGAAGGCCAGACCGAGGGGUAGAGGUCUUCAGCCGGGAUACUCAGACAGUGGAAAUGAGGGUGCAGUCUCAGCAGUGCCCAGCAGAUGUCAGCACACAGAUGACGGGGAUCGGCUGUUAUGUGUCCUGUACAAAUGACAAACUCCUGACCCCUGGAGGCUACACCACAGCGACGGAGUACCACGAGCGCAGACUCAAAGCUGUGAUCCGUCUCCAGGCUGCUGCUCGGUGUUGGUUGGCCAAGCAGGCAGUGGGGCGUCUGCGGCAGGACAGAGACAGAAGACUGGCCUGGCUGGAGGCGCAGGAGAGACGGAGAAAAGAAGAGAAAGAUGAGCAGCUCAGAGACAGAAGGAGGCGCUGGAAGGACCCCCAGAAGAGAGAGGACUUCAACCUGCUCUACCACGCUCUCGACAAAUGGAGGAAGGAGGAGGAGCAGCUGAUCAAUGCCACUCUGAGAGGAGCCGAGAGGAAGGCUGCACUCUGCUCACUGCUGGACCAAGAACUGGAGUACAUCCAAAACAUCGGGCAUAAACAGAUCAUCUUUAACAAAGCCAAUGCAGACAGGAGCAUUGGGAUCUUGCUAGACAAGUCUGCAGCCCCUUAUCACUGGAGAACAGCGAAAGGAAAGCAUAUUGAGAUGGACACAGUGAACACUAUCAGAGCCAGAGAGCUGCGAGACCUGUACAACGACAUCAGCACUCCUCCCAUCAAACAGAGCGAUCGGCUGCAAGUGCUCAUGACGCUCAAACAUACUGUCAAGGAGCACAACUGUCAGCUGACACGGGACCUGGUAGACUUGGUCGACCGAGAGGUGGACCUGAUGACGCGCUGUGUCAAGGCCUCAAGUCUGGAGGGGCUGAGGCAAAGGAUCAACACACUGCUCCUCCAGUACAUCAAAACACCCGCCUUUAACCCCCAAGUGGCCAAACUGCUCAAGGUUUCUCAGGACGUAUCCCAGCUGAAGAACAACAUGCUCCUGUGCCGUAGCUGCCAUCGUUACUUGCCCACCAGCAGCUUCAGCCCCGCUCUCAGCUCCUUGGAGCGACGCUGUAGGGACUGCGCCCAUCUGGACAACAUCGCCCGGAACCGCGAUGACUUCUCCUGCUACAAACACAUCCUCAAGAGACUCAGAGCAGACGAACAGCUGAUCUGCAAAGAUGCCAAGAUUCCUUUUUUAAUGCAGGUGGAGGACAUUCGCUAUCUGAUUGAGGUGAUCUGGUCUAAGCAGUCAGCUCUGUUAGCCUGCAGUGACCUGUACAACCUGGUGUUAGUGCGCUGGGACCAACUGAAGGACUGGAGCCCCUGGAACUGCAUUCUGCUGGCCAAAGAAGAAACACCGGCUCAUUCUCAGCUAAGAGACGUUUACAAGGCGUAUGAGGCAGAGUUUGUUCGGCGUAUUGAGCAGAGGCACAUGCUGGCCAGGCAACACUUCAGUCAAAUACCCGUCAUUGCCGCACAUAUGGACCCGGAGCCCCACGUUGCCCUCGGCAACCAUCUCGUUUCCAAACCCAUCGCCACAGCAACAGGCAAACAUGCCAGACACACACCGUAACGGCUCUUUAAGAAAUGUCCUUUUAUAUUAAUCUCCACCAUACCUUCAGUUUACUCCAUAAUAUGAAAAUAAAUGUCUG